GGCGAUCGUACAUGUGCUGACCUUUUGAGACCUUUUCGUGUCUUUGUGAACUCUUGUUGUGUGUUCUGUAGUGUACAAUAAACUUACCGAAGACUGCUUUAGUUACAACAUCAGGGUUGCCAAAUUGGAUCUCUACUUGUAGAGCUUGUGACUGUAUCCAACCAACGUAAACUUGAUAGCAAGGUGCACCCUUACCUGGUGGCUAACGGUACGGCACACUGAGAAGUGCUCUACACCCAGCAGGGUGGUGCCAUGAGGUACAGAUUUUUGUAUGAACAUCUCUUUCGAGUUCAAUGUAGACAUUCCAUCUUAAACCUCCACAAAGAAAAACCUAUGGUGACACUUACAGCAGGCUAUCUGUAGAUUAAAGUGUGUUGAGUGACAAGAUAAGUGCCGCAUCUGUGGAGAGGAACACUAAACUGGAUAUGUCGGAGCUGAACGGUUACGUCUCGAAAGAGUUUAAAGGUAGCAAGGGCUUACUUGUUGCAGAGGGAGACCGUGGGAGUUCAUCUAAUAAACUUGAUGUCAAUGAAAAUGGUUUCAGGAUUUCACCUGAGAUCCGAGAUGAGGGUUCAGUGGUGGUUGAUGGCAGGUGUGUUUUGCCGAUAGAGGAGAGGAGUGGUAGCAUGCUGAUUGAACCUGAAGCUGGCGACAAAUGGUUGGUUAAAGAUGCAACAGAAGGGGGCAAUCAUCUUGGGGUGUUACCAGAAGCUACUGAUGGUUGUGUGUCUUCGUCGUUAGACAAAGAUGGUGUAAUUGUUUCUUCGUCGUUAGACAGAGAUGAUGUAAUGAUUGAAUCGGAAGUCAGCAAUGAUUUGAUGGAUCUACCAGAAUUUAACGAUAGUUUGGAUACUGCAUCUGAACUCGGGAAUCAAUUAAAAGUUCUACCUGAAGAUAGCGAUUACAAUGGGUGGGAGAUCAGGGAUCAUUAUUUAGUUCUGCCUGAAGUGAAGGAUGGUUUAGCUGAUGCAUCUGAACAUGGUGAUCACUUGCUAGUUCUACCUGAAGUUAACAAUUUGUUAGAUGUUGAAUUUGAACCGGGCGAUCACUUGAAUGUUCAACCUGAAGUUAGCGAUGGUUCGUAUGAUGCAUCUGAACAUAGUGAUCACUUCGUAGUUCUACCCAAAGUUACUGUUGAAUUGAAUGAAGCAUCUGAACAGGGCGAUCACUUGGUAGUUCUACCUGAAGUUACUGAUGAUUCGAACGAUGCAUCUAAACACAGCAAUCACUUCCUGGUUCUACCCGAAGUUAAGGAUGGUCCUAAUGAUGCAUCUGAAAUCAAUGAUCUGCCGAUUACACCUAGAGAAAGAGAUUGUACCAUAUCUGGAUCAGGAGGCAGUGUUGAUGAAAUGAUUUCACUAGAGGUCAGCAACAAUUUGACAAAAUCACGUGAAGGAAGUGGUACAAGUGAAGUCGAGGAUGGCCUCACAUCUGCACUGGAGACUAAUGAUGAGGGUCUCGUUGCACUUGAGGGACGGCUGGAUUCAUUAAACACAGACGACACCAGUAUUGAUCAUUCAAAAGCAGUGGGAGACAGCGGUUUUGAUCCAACUGACAUACAAGUGACUAAGUAUGAGACAUCCAUCAACACUCAGUCCGAGACAUCCAUCAACACUCAGCCAGACACAUCCGACAACACUCAGCCAGAGACAUCCAUCAACACUGAGUCUGAGAAAUCCAUUAACACUCAGUCUGAGACAUCCAUCAACACUGAGACUGAGACAUCCACUAACACUUACCCAGAGACAUCCAUCAACACUCAGUCUGAGACAUCCAUCAACGCUGAGGCUGAGACAUCCACUAACGCUCAAUCAGAGACAUCCAUUAACACUCAGUCCGAGAAAUCCAUGAAAUCUGAGUCUGAGACACUCAUAAACACUCAGUCUGAGACAUCCAUCCACACUCGACCAGACACAUCCAUCAACACUCAGUCUGAGACAUCCAUCAACACUCAGUCAGAGACACUCAUCAACACAGAGUCUGAGACAUCCAUCAACACUCAGUUCGAUUCAUCCAUCAACACUCAGUUGGAAACAGUCAUCAACACUCAGUCAGAGACACUCAUCAACACAGAGUCUGAGACAUCCAUCAACACUCAGUCUGCGACAUCCAUCAGUGCUUCACCCAGUGAGGACAGAUCUUCCCACUCCUCUUCCCAGGAAGAGCAGUUCAACUGCAUGAUCUGUGGUGAGGGGUUCUCUGAUCCAAACAAACUUUCAUCUCACAAACUUCUCCAUUCUGUCAAUUUCAGUAAAUGUGAGGUUUGUGGUAAAGCCUUCUGGACUACAGAUGAUCUACAACAUCACAGACAGUUGCACUCCACUGAUCAUGAUAAAUGCUUCAGUUGUGAUGUUUGCGUUGCGGCUUUUAGUACAAGAAGUAGCUUGUUGAAUCAUCAGACGAUUUCACACCCAUGUAAAGCUCAGGAAUCAUCUAAGAAAGUCAACCAGGAGAUCAGAUAUGUUUGCAGACAUUGUAAGGACGUGUUUCCAUGCAAACAGGAGCUUCUUGAACAUGAAGCCAACCAUGCAGAAAAGAAACCAUUAAUCUGUAGUAGGUGUAGCAAGGUCUGCACCAGUCUAAGAAGUCUGCAGUGGCACAUGGCAACGCACAAGAAUAAGAGUUACCACUGCGCUAAGUGUGGGACAUCCUUCAAGUCAUACUACCUUCUUAGCAGACACAAGCAAGUCCAUAAAGACAGACCGUUUUCUUGUGAUAUUUGCAGGAAAACAUUUAGAAGACAAGAGGCACUCAGAAACCACUGCAGACAUCAUGAAGAAGAAUCUCUCAUCUGUGACAAAUGCAAUAAGAAGUUUAAGACCAGAGUUGAAUGGAACCGACAUAAGAGAAGUCAUAAGACUGUAGAAAAGCAUCAUGAUUGUGAUGUGUGCAACAAGUCCUACAAACAAGCUGCACAUCUCAAGAAGCAUAAACUAUCUCACAAAAGUACACCUAAAAAGAAGCCUCAUUCAUGUAGAUUUUGCCAGCAAAGCUACAGCAAUCUCACUAAACUGAGUCUGCAUCUUCAAACUCAUGACAAGGCAAAGCUAGGAACAUCAUCUGGUCGGAGUAACGGCUACAAUUGUGGAAUUUGCAGCAGUUCUUUCAAGACCUUUUACAGCAUGAAAAAGCACAAACAGAUGCACAAAGAAAGGCCUUAUAUGUGUAGUAUUUGCGAGGAGACGUUCACGGUGGAUGCUGCACUACGUAGACACAAACUGAGAAAAUGUUCAAGUGGCUACACUUGCGAAGUCUGCAACGAGAGUUUCAGCACCACACAUCAGCUGCAGAGUCACAGCCUUAAACACAUCUCAUUGAAAGCCUACAUGUGUAGAUUCUGUCAUGAGUGUUUCAAGACCACAAAGCAAUUGAGGAAGCACAUGUUACUCCACACAGGCAGCAAGCCUCACAUCUGUCAGGUGUGCAACAAGAGGUUUGCUGAGUUUGAAAAACUCACAAGACACAAGAAAAUCUGCAAUAUCGGUCUGAAGUCUAGUAUGCUCUCAAAAACAUCUAAGCAAGCUCUCGACCAAAACAAGACCUCUAAUGAACAACCUGUAAAUGAGGGGUUAACGGGUGUAGAUGAUGCAACAUCUGGCGAAGGUGGGUCGAUGCUGGUUGAGAUGUCAUGUGCUGAAAGUCUUGACUGUCCGCAAGAAGUCUCUGCAGAUCCUGAGUCAUCUCAGAUGAGUGACACAUCAAAUGAUGCAAAGCCAAGUCCAAAGGUAGAUCUUCUCAUCAGUGAAAUAGAGAAAAAGAAGUUGCAAGUCCGUAUUGAAAAAUUUAUAAUCUUCAUUUGUGAUGUUUGUGACAAGAGCUUUGCAUCGCAGAGCUUGUUCGACCGACACAUGGUUAAACACAAUGAGGAAGUGCCUCAAAGGAACCAGCCACUUGAAAAGUCUGUGCAAAAUCAAGAACAGCAAAAACAGAAGAGUCCGAAACCUGUUGUUAUUAAACAGGAACCGUCAACCAAACCCAUAAAAAAAGAAGCUCAUGCGAUGUUCAAAUGUGAUGAAUGUAGCAGGGCAUUCCCUCACGAGUAUGGUUUAAAUCUCCACAAGAAGUGGGUUCAUGCCAAGGAUGAGAGUCAUCGAUGCACAACUUGCGGAAAAACCUACAAGCACAAAUUUCACUUUACAGAACAUUUGAAAGUCUCAAAGAGUUGUAACCCUGCAAGUGCCAAUGAACAGGAGACAGUAAAAGAUAAACAGGAGACAGCAAAAAAGCUAAGAUGUGAUGUUUGUGGUGAAAGAUUCGCCUUGAUUGAAAACUACAAAGACCACGUAGCCGACCACUUUGAUGAAGCCCCAGUGAAGUGCGACUCGUGUGAUAAACGUUACACUCAUAAAGCUGGCUUGGAAUUCCAUAAGGCCUUUCUGUGCAAUAGAACAAAUGAUCCAAACAGUGCCAUCAAAGAAUUUGUACAACCAAAGGAAUUCAAGUGCGAAGUUUGUAACGGCCAAUUCUCUUAUAUUAUUCGAUUUAAAGACCAUUUGAGAAGCCACAGUGAUGCAAGGCCAUUCAGCUGUGAGGCGUGUGGAAAAUCUUUUAAGUAUCCACGUGACAUCAGAGUCCAUGAGCUCAAACAUUGUCCCAGAAGAACAAAAGCAAAGCCCAAGAUAGUAACACCAAUGGGAAAUCUCAACAAGCAAGCGGGUCUCAAGCGGAGGGUUUCAAAUCCCCGUAAAUGGAAGUGCAAGCGUUGUGGGAAAGACUUCACAUCAAAGGAACUCCUCGCUUUGCACAGUCUUGACUGUGCACUCCAUCAAAAAGGUUGUCUACCGUACAAACGUGAUAAAGAGUCUGAGCACCAAAUUGACAUCCAAAAGCACAGUUGUAAUAGCAAACCUGUGGUUUUUAAGAGUGUCACAUUGAAUUGUAAAGUUUGCGGUGAAAAGUUCAACAGAUUUGUACGUCAGGGUAUUGAGCAUGCAAACAUUAAGUGUAAGAGCUGCAGUAUUCUCAAGACAAAACCUACAGGAGCAAAGAGAACAGUAAAACCUAAGGAAACCGUGCCAGGACUAAGUGCCACUCACAAUGCAACUGCUAAAGGUUCUGAGGAAGCACAAAGCAAGUCGGCAAUGAUUCAGAAAUCCCCAAACAAGAUUAGCAACAAUAUCUUUGCAAACAGGACUCCACUCAAACAGCACAAGCAAAACCACAAUGACAAGUCAUUUAAGUGCAACAAGUGUAACAGGAAGUUUGUUAUGCUUCAAGCCCUACAGAUGCACAAGCGUAAAAGCCAUGGCUCUUCAGACAUCCGAUACCUAAUACAGAAAAAGGUGAAGUGCAACUUUUGUGAUAAGUUGUUUCGUUUUCCAUAUGAGCUAGAGAGACAUGAGGUUACGCAUUCCUCGGAGAAACAAUACAAAUGUGAGUGUGGCAAAGCCUUUAAGCUGAAGUACGAACUCAAUAGGCAUCGACGCUACUCGAAGCAUCACAAACAUCAGUUAGGUCCGGAACCUGGCAAAACUAUUAGAUCACCCCAAGCAGCAAAAAGCCCCAAGAGUUCUGGAAAACCAACACAAACAAGGCAUGAUUCUGAAGAAGACAUAGAUGUUGAUGGUAUUGAUGUUCUUCAAGCACCACCCCUGAAGCCUGAUCCAAUGCAUUCAGAUAAUAAUGCUAAAGGAUCAUUCAGUUGUAACAAGUGUGAUAAGAAGUUCACCCUUAAGAAAUCCCAUAUGCUGCAUGAGCGGAGAUGCACCGCUCUACAGUGCCACUUUUGCAGUGUCUUCUUCACUAGUUUAGUAAGCUUGAGGACUCAUGAGAAAAUACAUACCGGGCGUGGAGACACAAAACUACACUCAUGCUAUUGUGGGAAAUCAUAUUCAAAUAGAGCGAACCUUAGAAGGCAUCAGACUCAACAACAUUCGACAAAGACAAGCUUGGAGACUCGUGAGAAAAUACAUACCGGGCUUGGAGACACAAAACUACAUGAACACUCAUGCUAUUGUGGGAAGUCAUAUUCGAACAAAACGAAUCUUAGAAGGCAUCAGACCAAACACCAUCCGACAAAGACAUCUGUUCAGUUAAAACAGAUUGCACCAUCUGCCGCUGCCAACCGACAACAGUCGUCCAAUGCGCGGUUUAAGUGUCGUAACUGUAGCAAGGUGUUCCUGGAUCGACGUGGACUGGAACGCCAUGAGAAAACCAAGAAAUUUAGUCUUGGAUGUAUUGAUGUACCCAGAGGUAAAGAAGAAACAGCAGUACAUCAAUCCAAACCAUCUAAACAGACGCAGAGAAUGGACAAAAACAAAUGCAUUCGGAAACCGUCGGGCAACAACAUGGUGAAACGUAAAGCCAACCAAAAACCACAGCAAAACAAUGCUCCUCGUUUUGGUGGCACCCAACACAACAGACAGUCAUUGGAAUCCUUUAAACAACACCAACAAUUUCCAGAAGGUAUUACGUUUGCACACAACCCUGAAAAUCAUAAUCAAGAGGUAUUUAGGUCUGGUUUUGGGAGUACACACCCAGAAACAUUUGCAGAGAAUGGGCCAAGACCAAGAGUUGUAAGUGAACGAUUCAAAUGUGAAGUCUGUGCUCAUGUUUGGAGCACGAAGUCUAUGCCAGAAAAAAAGAAUAAACAAAAGCGUGCUUGCCCAAGUUGUGGUUCUGUCUUCUCAUAUAAAAUCCAUGAACAAACUUCAAAUAAGAACAUCCCCCAAACCAAAAGUGUCUUCAAGCCAACCGUCAAAAGCCACCAGUCACAAAGGAGUGAUGAAGAGUUCCCAGUUGUACCCAGUGGCAGUAAAGAUUUCCAUGAAGAAUUUUCUCCUACUAGGAGCAAUCCCGCUCACCUACAAGAAGUACCUGGUCCUGAGAGAAUCCGUGCCUGCAGAAUUUGUGGAAAGUUUUUCAUGAAGAAUUAUAUUUUAGCACAUGAACAAAGUCACUCCAACGACAUUCCUGUUCAUCGCAAGGUGAGUGAAACAGAGGAGAGUUUGUGCAGAAGUGACGGCCGCAAUACAAACGUGGAGAGAGCCAACUUGACACAGCUUAAGCAGAGUCAUUAUAAGCCUUACCCCUGUGAGAGUUGCAGUCUUAGUUUUGGCACAGUAUAUAACCUUCAGAUACAUGCGGCUUAUUAUUGCAACCAGCUGAAAAAAGAAGCGACUGGUGAAGAAACACAAGAAUCCACUGAAGGAGAACAGGAUUUACUCAAGUGUGGAGUCUGCUCAACUUACUUCAACAGCAUGCCACUUCUGGUUGACCACAUGAAACGCCAUAAAUAGGGUGUGUCACCAGGUCAGCAUUAAAGGGUGAAGAUGUGGAAGACGUGGAAGACGUGGACUGACUCAGAAAGCCCCGCCCACAAGCCCCGCCCACCAUAACAACUGCCUAGCAACUAACAACUGCAUAGCAACAGAACCUGCGAGAAUGGACUGCAUCUCUAUCCCGCAAGUCACCCGUCAAGUCGCUCAUCAACCCAGCACCUAGGUACCCUAAUGAUGGCAGCUUGUUAAUAGUUUUUAAUGUAAUUUUAAUAUUUCUGAUUCUGUCUGAUUCUGUCUGAAUGAACGAACAAAUUAUGUUAAAUAAUGAUCAAAAGAAAUGAUGACAAGUAAUGAAAUUGGUGGAAGGAAAACCAACAAUAUUAUUCUUUUCGGGCAAUGCAAAUUACAAUGCACAUAAUUUUAAAAUGAAAAUAGUAACGAUUUAAAAAAAAAAUCACAAAACAUCUAUUUUCUAUAUCAAUGUAAGGCCAAACCAAAGAUAUGGUCUUUAUCCAUGAUGGAAACUAUAGGUGCAUUCGAUUAGCUUCCUUGGGUCGACCCAACGGUGCUCACUCGGGUUAGCCCCUGACAAGAGCUAAUCGAACG